AAACCGAAUGGCCAAAACUCGUUGCAACCUUUCCACUCAUUUUCCAAAGCAAGUGCAGAGAUCUUGUUCUUGUUAUCCUACCCGAUAGCUGCCACUAGAAUCUUGAGACAAUGGCCCGAAAACGCUACCCGACUCGACGAUCACAACGACCAGAACGCAAGGCAUGGACUGGCCGUGCUCUUGGGUCUCCUCCUCCGUUAACGGCGUUCCCUGCUCUUGCAUCCCCCGAAAAGGAGAGCAACAGUCAUGUCAGCAGCAGUAACAAGAACAGCGAGAUUCUUGAAGGCAACAACGACAACACAGCUUCCUUUGUGGAGAUCGUGAAAUCUGCCGACAAGGAAGUCUCCUCUAUCAAGGUUUCAGAGCCAUUAACUCCUCUCACGGAAUGUUCCAGUGGCAGUGACUCGGAUGACUCAUCGUCUGAUGAGGCGGAACUUUGCUUGAUUAACAACAACGACGACGACGAUGGCGACGAGUUGAUUGGCAACGAGAAGACUUCUUCUGACGAUAACUCCAUUAUCCCAGUGUGUUUGGAUCAACAGUUCAACCUUGCAUCUAAUGGUCGUCGCAAGGAUAAUGAUCUGCUCCUGGCAAUUAUCAUGGCCCAUGUGGUCCCUGGAACACGACAGAAAGACGCGUGGACGGACCAACAACGCGAGUUGUCGUCAGAUUUCCUCGGAGCAUUGAACAAGGGAAUGAAUCAAGCUGCCGAUAACGAAAACGAACAGGCCGCGCUUCAAACAGUGUUUGAAGCUACCUGCUGGUCCUUUCAGGAUCGUUUCGAUGUCGUGUAUUAUGCUGGCGAAACUGGAGCCUUUCUCAAGCACUGCCGUCUAGUUGGUCUCACCGAGGAAGAAUGGAGCGAUAUCGUCCAAGAAGCCAUCGAUGGCUACAACCGUCUCGUACAAGAACACAAGCAAGAGGACGAUAACUUGGAGGAAGCGACGCUGACAGUCAGUCCUCAGGAAAUCUCGCGGGACCUAGAACAGAUUCGCACCACUUGCUGGGAAUGCAAGUCCUGCCCUGGAGUGGAGCUCUUGACGUGUGUUUCGUGCAACAUCCCACGCUAUUGUGGUCGGCAGUGUCAGGCCAAGGCGUGGGAAGACGGACACAACAUCAAGUGCCGCUCGCUCCGAACCACACACCGCAUCAUUCGAAAGACGCUCGGCACGAUCUCCAAGGCCGCGGUAGCACGAUCCAUUCAUGGCGUUCAUAUCCAUCCAUUGAUUGACCUGUCCUUUGCCACCAUGGUGAUGGACCCACAGCUCCAUGCGGCACCGACGCAGACCAUGACAACCAAGGCACUGGAAGGACCCAGCAUGACCUUUUACUACCAAAAUCUGGCCGCGAUUCAACGCGGUGAGUGGUGGAUUUUCACGGACGCGUGCACCGAGGAGCACUACGAUCAAGUCGUGGCGUCCAAGGCGGGGGAUCUCACUGUGGCACAGGAGCAAGGAGUGCUCCCGUGCGUGCAGUGGAUCGGUUGGGUGCAGUUGCUACUGACUUACAACCUUCAACAAGUCAUUGACGAUUCUCGAAAGGCGAGCGAUGCUGCGGCUUCCAUUGCCAUGGAUGCGUUGGACGAAUCUCUUGAUCUGUCCGAUGUGUACUGCUUCCCGGAGGGCGCUCCGGUGCCACGUCUGUGCCGCAUGAAUUCCUCCCUUACGAUGCGAGACAUGAGCGCACGUUCCAGUGGUACAUCGGUUGACAACUAUGAGAUGGACUCUGCCGCGAUUGAAUCCUUGCUUCAUCCCGACGGGAUCAUUCUUCGUUACAAGGACUUUUACGGUGUAUCCAUGCCUCCGGAGGCUCUCUUGAAGCAGGUUACGUUGGACCACGACCAUCAUAUGACAUUGGAAGAGAUCAAGGCACGCCGUGACUUUGCCAAGUGGUUCGUGUACCAAGAUCUCGUCAAUGUCCAUCACAAGUAAGUACGGUAGUGAUGCAGGAAUUCUCUAUCUACAAGGUAGUCCUCCAAGUGGGGUGCUAGCUACAGCUUUGGUUGGAAAGUUGUCACAAGACGGUAGAAUCAUUCAGUUCGGAAAGAACGCACCUAAAUAAUAGUUGAUGUUUACAUAGCCGGUGCAUUCAAGUUUCAAUGAACCUCGUGAUGCAUGGAAGAGGGGCAAAGAAUACCAUACAUACAAACGUGCCCUAUAAGGGCCACGAGCCAAAGUUUGUAUUACGUGCAAGGAUGGAACGCUGGCACCGAGAGCCCGGAUAUCCUCCCAAUCUAGCUAGCUACGGUAGCUGCUGCCAGCUAUUAUAGUCUAUUAAUAGCUAGGACAAAAAGAUUUCAUUGUUCAGGCAUUCUGCUCCGGCGUGAAUUCUUCAACCUGCUCCUGCAAAGCGCCAAAAACAGCACAUGGAUCAUUCCCUUGCUUUG